AUGAAUGUUGGUAAAACUUCUCAGGAUUUUUCUCUGUUGUCUUUAGAGACUACUCCUUCUCAUGACGGUGUUGAUCCAAAUAGCUCUGGGUUAUUCGUAGACGUCGAUCCUUCUGAGUCUAUGAGUUUCCAUGAUUCAAGUAAUAGCAUCAACGGUGUUCCAGUGGCUAGAUCCAAUAGUUCUGCCCAUUUCUCUUACAGGGAAAAUAGACAAAUUAUUGAAGAUGGUUCAAAAAAAAUUGCAUUGAAUGAAAAUAUUCAUAAUGGUGACUGUGCAAUUUUUGAACAGCCUUCUCAUGAUUCAAACCAUGGGAACCAUGGUAAUAACAGCACCUCUAUUAAAUCCAGAACUUUGUCUGCAAGUGCUUCAAGAAAUGUCCCAGACUUGCCAAAAAGUAACAAUAAUACUAACAAGUCUUAUAACGAUUAUAAAAUGGGUGUAUUGGCCGAUGACGCUUCCCAGCAAUUUUUAGACGACCCUUCCCCAGAAUUAAUCGAAUUAUAUUCAAAUGUAGCCGAAUGUAGAGCCGUCAGAGAUAAGUACCAAACGUUGUCCUUUCAAAAAAAUAGCCAAAACCCAAAAAAUUCAACGGCCUGGAAUAUUUACCCACCACCACCAAAACCUUCUUAUGAUCCUGAAACUAAAACUGUAUCAACUGUCAUUAACUUCCCAGAUUCAGAAGUAUUCGAUAUUAAUAAAUGUGAAAUUCCAGGUGAAGAUAAAGAAUGGGAUUUCAAAUUGAAUUCUGACGAUUCUUAUAUUGUACAUAAAUCUGAUAAUGACCAAGAAGUGAUUGCUGAAAUUCCAACUUUACGUGAUUAUUAUUUGGAUUUGGAUAAAAUGGUGUCCAUCUCGUCUGAUGGUCCUGCAAAAUCAUUUGCUUUCAGAAGAUUACAAUAUUUAGAAGCUCGUUGGAAUUUGUAUUACUUACUAAAUGAAUACCAAGAAACAAAUGUUUCAAAAAGGAACCCUCACAGAGAUUUUUAUAAUGUCAGAAAAGUUGACACUCACGUUCACCAUUCUGCUUGCAUGAAUCAAAAACAUUUAUUGCGUUUCAUUAAAUACAAAUUGAGACAUUCAAAAGAUGAAAAAGUUAUUUUCAGAGAUGGUAAAGUCUUAUGCUUAUCUGAGGUAUUCCAAUCUUUGAAUUUAACCGGUUACGACCUAUCAAUUGAUACGUUGGAUAUGCAUGCUCAUAAAGAUACUUUCCAUAGAUUUGAUAAAUUUAAUUUAAAGUAUAAUCCAAUCGGUGAAUCUCGUUUAAGAGAAAUUUUUUUGAAAACUGAUAAUUAUAUUAAAGGUACCUACUUGGCAGAAAUUACUAAGCAAGUCAUGUCAGAUUUAGAAAAUUCGAAAUAUCAAAAUUGUGAAUAUAGAAUUUCGAUUUACGGUAGAUCCAUAGAUGAAUGGGACAAUUUAGCAGCAUGGAUAAUUGACAAUAAAGUCUUAUCUCAUAAUGUCCGUUGGCUAAUUCAAGUCCCACGUCUUUAUGAUGUUUAUAGAAGAAGUGGUAUUGUUCAAAAUUUCCAAAAUAUUUGUAAGAAUUUAUUUCAACCAUUAUUUGAAGUUACAAAAAAUCCCCAAUCUCAUCCAAAAUUGCAUUUAUUCUUACAAAGGGUUAUAGGUUUUGAUUCUGUUGAUGAUGAAUCAAAAGUUGACCGUCGUUUCCAUAAAAAAUACCCAAUUCCAUCACUAUGGGAUGCAGCUCAAAACCCGCCAUAUUCCUAUUAUUUAUAUUACUUAUAUUCCAGUUUGGCUUCAUUAAAUCAAUGGAGAGCUAAAAGAGGAUUCAAUACUUUUGUUUUACGUCCUCAUUGUGGUGAAGCUGGUGAUCCUGAACAUUUGGUUUCUGCUUAUAUGCUGGCUCAAUCCAUUUCUCACGGUAUUUUAUUAAGAAAAGUCCCAUUCGUUCAAUACUUGUAUUAUUUAGAUCAAGUCGGUAUUGCUAUGUCACCAUUAUCUAAUAAUGCAUUAUUUUUAACUUACGAUAAAAAUCCAUUCCCACAUUACUUCAAGAGAGGUUUAAAUGUCUCAUUAUCUACAGAUGAUCCAUUGCAAUUUUCAUAUACUAGAGAACCAUUAAUCGAAGAAUAUUCUGUUGCAGCACAAAUUUAUAAAUUAUCUAAUGUGGACAUGUGUGAAUUAGCCAGAAAUUCAGUCUUACAAAGUGGUUGGGAAGCAAGUAUUAAAAGACAUUGGAUAGGUGAAAAUUUUGAAAAGAAUGGUGUUGAUGGUAAUAGCGUUGGAAAGACAAAUGUUCCUGACAUUAGAAUUAAUUAUAGAUGGGAUACAUUAUCAACAGAACUAGAACUUGUUAACCAUUUUGCACAAUUCAAUCAAAAAUAA